AUGGAAGGCCAAAUUUCUGAAAUUGAUGAGAUUUGGCUGAGUAAUUUUAGGAAAAAACUGAGUUCCAGUAAAAACACCUUAGAAUUCGCUAAAAAAGCUCUUUUUUAUGAUCCGUAUCACUUAAAUUUGGAUGAAGAAGAUUAUUUUAAAAUUUCUCAGGAUAAUUUUAGGAUUUCGGAAGAUAAUUUGAGAAGUUCCAGUUUAAAGUGUUCUGGGAUAAAGUUACUGGACGUUUCAUCGGUAUUUGAAAUUGGUAAAAAUUCCCUAAUUUGGAGCUCAAAUGUGAAGGCGAACUUACAGAAAAUUGAAACGGUUCUCACAGAAACACUAAAUGUGUUAAAGAAAAACACGUCAGAGGGCCAGGAACACCGUAAAAAACUCUUAAAACAGUUGGAAAAUCUGUGUAAAAAGUUUAAAGAGUAUGAAAAAAUAUGCUUAGAGCUCUUGGAAGUGGUAAAAUACACCCCGAAAAAGGUAAAAGAGGUGGAAAAUUUAAACGUUCUUGAGCAAUUUUCUGAAAUUACUUCAAAGUUUAAAGUUAGUCAGGAGGAUCUCCAAAUCGACACUAAAUUACCAGGCGAAACUGAACCAGAAACUCAUUUGAGCACUGAUUUACAAUAUUUGACCUUAGUUUGGUCCUUUUACAGGGAGUCCAGCUGUUCUGAAAUCUUCUCACUAAUGUGUUAUACUCUUUUUACAGGUAAUAUCACAGCGUUUAAAUCUAUUUUGCACAAUUCUAACACCAGCUGCAUGUUAUCGCACAUUAAAGAAAAUUGGAAAGUUCUCCUCAGUUACAUACCAAUUUCAUUCCAAUUCAACCAUUACAUACUGCCAAUUCAGUGUGUCAUCAGUAACCCCGUUGACACUGGUCAUGUGGAUACUAGUGGUGAACUAAGUGCUGGUGGUGAACUGGUUACUGGUGAAGUUAAUUUGGAUGUGAGGAUGCUUGUGGACUUUAUUGACUGGUGUUUCUGGCGGAUAUUUUUAAUAUUAAAAUACACAAAUUCGUCAUAUUUUAUCCUCUCAAAGUUUCUAAAAUCGCUUUUUAAACUUUUGGAACCAGUUGACAGUGGGUUGGACUCUCUGUUAAGUCGCAAGUUGCACCUGUUAAACUUUUUGAAAUUCAUAAUUAAACAGUAUUUCCUAUACAAAUAUAUCAACUCUAAGCAUAUUAAUAGUAUUGUGGACAGGGUAAGUAUCAUGACAUUUUUCGAGUAUCUGGAACUGGACGCAAGUAAGAAAUUAAAUUUAUUCUGUGAAUUUGAUCUCUCAUUGCCAAAUGAACAAUGCAACUGCGAAGACCAGUUCAGAGAUAAACAUAAAAUUUAUAAAUUCUGCCUCGCAUGUAAAACCAACAGACUCUGCCAAAAACUCAAAGCAUUCUUCAUUCUCAUCAGUCCCUCCAACACUGUUACCAAUUCUAACACUGUUAAUAAUUCUAACCCUGUAACUAAUUCUAGCCCAGUAACUAACGCUAACACUGUAAAUACUUCUAACACUGUUAAUAAUUCUAAUACAGUAACUACUAUUGACGCAGUAAAUUCGGACCAGCUGUGUGGAAAGGUGUGGAAUGAGAAUGGAGACUUUAGGGAGUUUUAUGAGUCAUUGUUGAGAUCGUAUAACAGUGACUUGAACGAUUACAUAAUUGGAGUUUCAGAGACGUUUAUGAAGGAGUUAAGUACGAACUCAUUUGAGAUUUUAUAUUCCCUGUCAAAAGUGCUUUUGGAAACCAGUUUCAAGGAUAAAGUGUACAAAAUCUUCAUCUCAAUCACGUUUAGAGAAAACGCCAAGUAUAAUUUCCUGGACAAUUACUUCAUUAUUAACUCAAUUUUCAGCUUAAUUAUCGGGGAACAGGAUAAUUAUCACCAGGACACCGUGGACACAAUUGAUGUUAAAAAUACACUUUUCAAGUUUUUAAAGUUUUUUAAACUCAGUAAUUUCAACCCAAACAACUAUUCCACAUACAAAUUAUUACUAACUCAAAUUAACUCACUCUAUACUCUGGAUCGAGAGUUGGAUAUCGCAGCGGAUUCGGGAGUUGAUACACAGGACACAGAAUUUGACACAUGGAAUACAAAAUUUGACACACGGAAUACAAAAUUGUGUGUCCAAUUGGAUGGAAUAAAUCUGAGAAUAGUAAAUAGUGUGAUAAAGUGUAUAUUUGACUUUGUGGAGGGAUUAUUAAACUUAUUUGCCAUUAACAAUGUGGAGAAUUUUAGCGUGUUGGUGAUCACUCCUUUGGACUUGGUGCUGGCACUGGUGGACCAAGAGUAUUUCCUAUUACUACUUCAGAAGAUAAUAAGUUUUCUAGUUGACGUUCUGGAGCCGCAGGAAUUUUACAACGCCAUGUGUGAACUUGUUAACUUGUCAAAUUACAUCUCAAACACACAGCUGAAUGACAUUCUCAACAUGUUCUUUUACACCAUUUCAAUCAGUGAUAAUUUAAACUAUAUCAAUUAUUUACUCGAUUUACACUUGGGACAGGGUUCACCCGGUGAUUCACUGGAUAAUACUACUGUGUUAAAUAGUUUGGAAAGCAUAUUGAAUAUAGUGUAUAGGAUAGAUUUAAGUUGUAAUUUGAAUGUGUUUAAUGUAGUUUCAAGUUAUUACAAGUUUGUGCCAAAGAAUAAUAAAUUCUACAGCGUCAUGAGGCAUAAAAAUCCCUUCUCCAUUUACUCCCUAAUUACCCUGUUUCUCAACUAUUUGUACUCUAAUACGGCGUUAGACUCGGUACUCCUAAAGGAUAAUUUUACAUUCUCCCUUAACUACUGUGGGACCUUGGGUGGGAAUGUAGAUGGGAAUGUUCAUGGGACUGUAGGUGGUAGUGUAGGUGGUAGUGUGGGUGCUGUUGGGACAGAGGGAUUUGGGAAGGGAUUUGGGAAGGGAUUUGACUUGAUAUUGGAGAGUUUGGAGUUUUUAAUAAUGUUAUCAAAAAUCUAUAAGAGCAUGUUAAUGUUUAAUCAUUUCAGCUUAUCAACGGGUAAACAACAUGUAAAAUUGGAUUACAAGUUGUAUGAACCAGCGGAGUUAAUCAGUAACACAUUGUCGUCAUUGAUACUGUUAACUGGUGACAAACGGAAUGUAAACAGUUCACAAGUAAUUCUAACAUUAGUUUUUAAAAGUAUUUUGUAUCACGUGUUGGGUAGUAAGUCAUUUACGAAUCAAGUUUUUGAUAAUCUUAAAACUCUCACACUCGACUUAAUACCAAAACCCACCUCUGACACCGUCCUAAGCAUCCUCAAUCUGCUCAAUAACACUGGUAACACCGUUACCACUGUUAACCCUAGCAGCACACUUAAUAAUGUGGAUACUGGGUUGAAUUUGCUGUAUGUAAAUUUAUUAGUGAUUUUGAGUGUGGAGAUGAGUAACUUGAUGAUGAUUUCAAGUAUUUUACAAUUUUGCUUAAAGGCUCAGUUAUCACAAUUAAUGUCAUUCAUCACACUUAAUCUUGUUUAUUCCAACUUCAAAGGGUUAGACUCUACUCAUCCAGAUGUUGAUUCCAGUGAUAAACUUGACCCACACUGUGACAAAAUUGGGCUGGCUGAUUUAUUUGAGGAUUCUGAUGUUACUUACAGCAAUUCCCUUGUGGAUGACUGGGACCUAAGGAAAAACAUUCUAAUGUUACUGUUCUUCAGGGAAGAAAAAGGCUUAGUAAAAGGCUCAAUGGUAAAGUUGGCCGAUAAUCUAAGUCAUAAUUUGGCCUCCAAACUGAGUCACAAUGUGGCCUCUAAACUGAGUCAUAAUGUGGCGUCAAAGUUAGCACACAACGUAGCGUCAGAGUUUAUAACUGCAGCAAUUGAGAAGGCUGAAGGUGAGUUAAUUAACAUAGCAAAGAAGACCAACAGAUUUGACAUGAUAAAGGAGAAAUUCUUAUACCAUAAGAAGACAGAAACGUUUGAGAAUUCAAUGUUCCCACCAGUUCUCGACUACUUUGAAUCUACGCCACUGUUUCACCCAAACUUACUCUACAACUCUGGUGACUCCUGUGGUGACAGUAGUAUCGAUUCUGAGAUGUUUGAGUAUAGAAAUUUGAGGGAAAUAACAGUGUCAGGGUUAGUGUCACUGGAUGUUAAUCUUGCAAGUUUAAUGCUGAUGGAGAAUUGCAACUUUCAAUUUAAUUCCCAAUUUUUAAAAGACAUUCGUGAAGUUUUUGCUAAAAAUGACAUGAGACACGUUUCUUUAUUUUUGGACUCCCUGUUGGUUCAUUUCAGACACUGCAAAUGGCCUGAAAAUGUCAUUUCUAAGAUUGAAACAGUUAAUGAAUUUCUCAAACUAUUUAAACAUUUUCCGAGAGAUUUCAGUGUUCUGGUCACUCCGUUCAUCUUUAAACCUGAGUAUAGAUUUGAAUUAUUCAAAAACAUACCCGAAUUUGUUCAAAAUAACGUCAAACCACUUUAUUACAUUUAUGUCAACUUAUCCAAAUUUAACACACAAUCCAAUAGUUCUAUGGGUUUCGGUAACACUUUUGUUAGUGCCAAUGUUGUGGAUGGUAUGUCGAAAAUCACUGAAGAUAAGCUUAGUGGAUGUGAAUUGAAUGAAUAUUUAUUCGGUAAAAUUGGAAAUUCUGACAACUUAGCAGGUAAUACUACUGACAACCUGGUAAAUAAUCUGAACUCUGAGGAUAUGACAUUUUUAUGUGUGAAUUCAUUUCCUCAUAUGGCUGAGUAUGUGGAAAUCCUGUUUAAUGCGUAUGACCAAGUAUUUCUUGAAGACUUUAACGUUGCUUUGUUUAUUGAACUCGAGCCUCUAUUCCUUCUAAACCAUGAAAGAUUUGCCAAUUUUCUGAUAAAACUAUACACCAAGCUUGUUGUGCCAUUUGUUUCUACUAGUAGAAGUUCUCAAAGUAUUAAUACGCCUUCAACUAAUAAAUUUGCAAGUCCUAGAACACCUGUUCUAGCUCCAAGUAACCCCAGUCUACUCCUUAAUAAUAGAUUCUUAAUGUUAAGAAGGUCAAUUUGUAAUCUUCUAUCAGUUUAUCCAGAGUAUAAGGAAGUUUUUAGUACUCUUUACAUGCCAGACUCUGGUGAUGUAAUAAAGAUGUUAGAAUCAAUUCUUAGGCACAUGCCUGAUUUUGACCUUACGCUUGUGGAUAAUUUUGAGUUUUUUAAGCAAAAUUUGGUCAAUUCCUUAACUUUGGAUAACUUUUUCUUCGUCUCAGACUCAAUUUCUAAGCUUGAUCCAGCGUUUAUCAUCUCAGCUUACCGGAAAUUGGAACUUAAAUUAAGACCUCACUCUGACCAACUUGUCGAUUGCACCAGAUUACUAUUCGAAUUUGACCUUUCCAACAACACUCUGUAAUCCAACAACCAUGUAAGAUACUGUAAUAUAACACUCAAUCUCAUAAUACCAACU